GAGGGCAAUGGCGGAUGUAGAAAAUUCAUUUACGGAAAUUUCCAAAACCGACAUUGAAAUCACCAAAGUGCCUGCCACUGCAUGUCUCACACUGAUAUGGCAAUAUGGUGAUCGCCAUUAUCAUGCCGGGCGAUGGAGUGUGGCUGCUGAUUGGUUCCUAUGUGGCACACAUUCAAUUUUCAAGAGUCUAGGGUCCGUCAGUUCCUCCAAAUGUCUCCGAAAGACCGCUUUGUGCUAUCUCCAGUGCAAGGAAUAUGCCAGAGCAGCAACUAUCAUACGGCGAUGUCACAGCAAUGAGGCUACCACCCAUUAUGUGAAAUUGUUGAUUAGUGUACACCAAGGUUUGAAGAUGAAGCUAUCAAAUGUGUUCAUGAAAUGGUGGCAGCUCCCGGUUUUGACCGGAAGAUGCUUCUGUUAGCUACGCAACUAUCACGCGAUUCUGACAUGAAGGCGCUUCUCCUUUCCGU